AUGUAUAAGCAGUAUGAAUAUAUACCAACCAACUAUGUGUUGGACACUUCACACGAGACUAGCUCGGAGAAGAUCCCAUCCCUAACACUCAUCUCUGAUGGCAAAAGCAACCACGAAACAUGUCAUUUCAGAUUCGAAGCGCUGCGUCCAAAUGUGUUUCGCACCACUUUCACAACCGCUCAACACUUAUUGCCACCACAUCCCAGCGCAGAGCGUCCGGAGCCUACCCUUGGAAAUGUUACUCCCGAGAUCAGUGCUAAUGCGGAUAAAAGUUCUCAUACUAUAAAGCUUGGAUACAUCAAAGUUGAUGUUAAUUGGUCAAACACGCCAGUUGUCUCCCUCUUCCUGGAUGACCAGCAGAAGCCGAUCCACCGUGACCUAGACUUCCGAUCAUACGCUGUGGAUGGCUCCGGCAUUGCUCAUUACACGACUUACAAGUCGGAUAGUCUACAUGUUGGACUCGGAGAGAAGGCCGCACCAAUGAAUCUCAGUGGUCGGGGGUUUAAUAUAACAGCAAGUGAUACAUUUGGAUACGAUGCUUACCGGACGGACCCCUUGUACAAGCACAUCCCUCUACUGAUCAACGUCACUCCUAAUGGCUGCGUGGGCAUCUUCUCGACUUCUCACUCCCGAGCGACUUGGGCUGUUGGAUCCGAAUUAGAUGGAAUGUGGGGUCAUUACAAGGUCUACCGGCAGGCCCAUGGUGGACUUGAAGAAUACCUCAUCGUUGGGAGGACAGUGGCGGACAUUGUUCGAUCUUAUGCAGAAUUGGUAGGUUUUCCAUUGCUUGUACCUCGGUACAUGAUGGGCUACAUCGGUGGCGGCAUGAAAUAUAGCAUGGAAGACUCUCCGCGCGGUUGUGAUUCGAUCCUCAAUUUUUUCAAGAACUGUGAAAAACAUGGUAUGCCGUGCUCGGCGUUCCAGAUGAGCUCGGGAUAUACGGUAGCCGAAACCGAGCCUAAGACCAGGAAUGUUUUCACUUGGAACCAUCACCGUUUCCCGGAUCCGCGGGAAUUCACACGCGAGUGCCACAAGCAUGGUGUUCGUCUUCUAGCGAAUGUUAAGCCGUAUGUCCUCGCAAAUCAUCCGGCGUAUGCAGAACUUUCGCAGUCCGGUGCUUUCUUCAAGGACCUGAAUACUUCAACUACUGCAGUCACGCGACUUUGGAGCGCCGGGGGAGGAGAGAGCGGAGAAGGUAGUCAUCUUGACUUCACUUCUAAGGCGGGAUACAACUGGUGGUAUAAUGGAGUGAAGGCCCUUAAGGAGGUUGGGAUCGAUGCGAUGUGGAAUGAUAAUAACGAAUACAAUCUCCCUAACGACGAUUGGCAAUGCGCUCUUGAGACUGUCACCGUACCACCCGGUGAAUCUCGGAAAGAUGUUGGACUCUGGGGUAGAGCACUACAUACCGAGCUCGUAGGAAAAAGUUCUCAUGAUGCGACGAUUGAGGCCGAACCUGAGGUCCGUCCAUUUGUUCUCACUCGUAGUGCAACAGCGGGCACCAUGCGAUAUUGCGCCAGUUCGUGGAGCGGCGAUAACGUAACAAGCUGGGAAGGGAUGAAAGGUGCAAAUGCGUUGGCGUUAAACGCAGGUUUCUCUCUACUUCAGUGUUAUGGCCAUGACAUUGGCGGCUUCGAAGGCCCUCAGCCAACGCCAGAGCAUCUCGUUCGUUGGAUACAGCUUGGCAUCCACUCACCACGGUUCACUAUCAACUGCUACAAGACCAAUCCCGACGAUAACUUGGUAGGCGAGGUCAUUGAGCCGUGGCAAUAUCCAUCUGUAGCGCCAAUUAUUCGAGACGCGAUACAGCGCAGAUACGAAUUGGUGCCGUAUACGUACUCUCUCAUGCUAAAGUCCCAUCGGGAGGCAAUUCCGCCCCAGCGAUGGACCGGCUGGGGUUAUGAGUCUGAUCCCAUAGUUUGGACUAAGGAGCUACUCAAAGGGGACUCUCAAUACUGGUUCGGAGAUGCUCUGCUCAUCGCAGGCGUCUAUGAACCCGGAGUUUCAAGCGCAAAGGUCUACCUCCCAGAUCAAAGCGGGAACGACCUAGGAUUCUUGAACCUUUCGGCGCCGUAUCAAUACCUCGAAGCCGGCAGGUGGCACGAGAUUUCUUCGACUUGGCAUAGCUCAAUCCCCGUGCUUGCGCGCAUCGGAUCUACUAUCCCGAUAGGAAAACCUAGGCCGACUACAUGUGUCGCCAAUGAGGACCCGGAAUUCCCAGGUAUGGAAAAGGAUGAUUACCGAGCGGUUGAGAUAUUCCCUCCACCAGUAGCUCAAUACCCUCACUGGCCUAAAGGUAACGAGCUUUCAACGCCCGUUAACACGUUUGCGGAGACGAAAUGGUUCCACAACACAUGGCUCGAGGACAAUGGUGUAAGUCCCGUGGAAAAGCCAACGCUCUGCGAGAUUAGUAUUUCCUACGGCGUAUCAAGCGAUGAGAUCCGCGUAAAAGUAGAACUGCAAAAACAUAAUCAAUUCGAGCCGUUAUGGAUUAAAAACGGCGUCACUUUGGUGUUGCCCGUUGGCGAAGAACGCCCUGUUAAAUCGGAAAACAGCGGGGAUCUUCAGGACUUGGGACGCGACGAGAAAGGUCGGCGGAUUUGGAAAGUUGGUAUUGAUGUGAAGGGUUCCUAG